AUGUCCAGAGUUGGAGUAAUGGUGAUGGGCCCCGCGGGGGCGGGCAAAUCGACGUUUUGCAACGCCCUUAUAGCAAACAUCACAGCUCAGGGUCGCAGAGCACACAUUGUAAACUUCGAUCCCGCAGCAGAGCCCAAGGAGUACGAGUUCAGCGUUGACAUUCGAGACCUUGUAUCAGUUGACGAUGUCAUGGAGGAGUUGGAACUAGGCCCCAAUGGCGCCUUGAUGUAUUGCUACGAGUUUUUAUUAGAGAAUUUGGACUGGCUAGACCACGAGAUCGGAGAUUAUGACGAGGAGUACCUUAUUUUCGACUGCCCCGGUCAGAUCGAACUGUAUACCCAUUUCCCCGCUGUGCCAACUUUGGUAAAGCAUUUGACUGAACAUCUGAACUUCAGACUUUGUGCGGCGUAUCUGCUGGAGGCUCCGUUCGUCAUGGACCCUGCAAAAUACUUUUCUGGCGUUCUAUCCGCAAUGUCGGCUAUGAUUCUCCUCGAGAUACCCCACAUCAACAUCUUGAGCAAAGUUGACAUGCUGAAAGAUGUCCCCAAACGCGAAAUCAAGAAAUACCUAAACACUGAUCCUUUGCUUAUGGCUGAUAAGGCGACCGAAGAAAUGAAUCCAAAGUACUACGAUCUCUCCAAGGCCAUUGCCCAAGUGACUGAAGAAUUCGGGAUGGUCCAGUUCCUUCCUCUACAUGCUCAGAACAGCGAAUCAGUCGAGCUUAUUUUGAGCCACAUUGACGAUGUAACCCAAUGGAAGGAAUCCCAGGAACCUAAAGAGCCUGAUGAUGCAUUUGAAAUCCCUGAAAUGGACGAUUAA